ACAAGACACUAUUACGAACAGUGCAUCUACAUCGUACUCAGCGCAAUCAACGAGUUUCUAGCCCAACACAAAAAAAAAGUGUUCAAAAUGAAGAUGAAAUCUUCCAGAUGCAAAUUUCCUAAAAGAUAUGUGAUCGUUCUCUUGGUACUGAUCGGAUACGUGAAUAUGUUUUAUUUGCAUACAAAUUUGGGUAUGGCUGUCGUGGAAAUGACCACAUUGAAGAACGUCACUCUUGAAGAUGGUUCAACUCAAUUGAAAGCAGAUUUCAACUGGAACUCUAAAGAGAAAGGAAUCAUAUUGAGCACCUUCUCAUAUGGCCGAUUACUCAGCCCCAUAGGAGGACUCCUAUCAGGCAGAUUCGGUGGAAGUACAAUUUAUGGUAUUGGGAUCUUGAUUACAGCUUCGGUGACCUUUUUCAGUCCCAUUUUCUUGUACACACAUUUCAACUUAUUCGUCGCAACCAACGUAAUACUCGGAGCUUUCGAAGCUUUCUCGUAUGCCAGCGUCACUCAGAUUUUCUCACGUUGGGCUCCCCCUGAUGAACGUACCAAGUUUGUGUCAUUUAGCAUAAUUGGUAUGUAUUUUGGAUCUGUGGUAUCUUUCUUGGUUUCUGGAUGGAUAUUGAAAACCUGGGGAUGGGAGAGGCUGUUUUAUUUCAGUGGGACAACCUCCUUCAUUUGGUUCUGGGUCUGGUUCUUCAUCGUCAAAAAUGACCCAUCAGAAGACAAAAACAUCAGCGAAGCAGAACGACGAUACAUUCAAGAGAAAGUAGGCAGCACCUACGGCCAAGAAAAGCUUGUGUAUCCAUGGAGACGUAUAUUGACCUGUAUGCCAUUCUGGGUCGGUUGUUUGGCUAAAUUCUCAGUAGGAUGUGGCUACACAUUCACAGCUAUCUAUUUACCUCAAUACAUAAAAGACACCAACGACAUAGAUAUCAAACAAAUAGGAUACAUAUCGAUGAUACCUCAAAUCUGCGCUAUAAUUUCCACUCCUCUCAACGGUUUGCUCGGCGAUUACAUCAAGUCUCAUAAGAUCUUAUCUAUUACAAAUGUACAUAAACUUUACACCAGCAUAGGUCUAUUCACCGGCGCCAUUGUUUACGUGAUGGUAGCUGUUUGGCCGAAUUUCACCGCUAAUAUGGUAGCGAUAUCUCUAUUCCAGUUUUUGAGCACAUUUGCGAUGACAGACAUUUUAGUACUGUUCCUCGAUCUAGCUCCAAAAUACGCCUCAUUUUUGAACUCCAUAGCGAAUAUAUUUUUCACCAGUUCGGGUAUUAUUACACCUGUACUCGUUGGGUUCGUCGUCACUUCUCACAGCGUGUUUCAAUGGAAUAUUUGUUUCAUGACGUUAAGCAGCGUGUAUCUUUGCACUGGAUUAAUAUACUUGAAAUUUGGAUCUGGUAAACUUCGAUCGUGGGCUAAUUACACCCCCAAUGAGCAGAAAACCAAUCAGCAGGGAAACGAAAGUGGAACGCAAUCUCAGUGAAUGAAUUGUACCGAGUUGAAUUUUUCAGAAUCAAUUAUCGCUCAAUAUUAUGGAACUGAAUUCAAUGGAAAAAUAUUAUUAGUAUUUUCAAGGAAAAUUCUCUUUUAGGGCAACAUAUGAUUUCCCAAAAAUCGUACCAAUGUGAUAUGUGAUACAGAAAACAGCGCUUAUAUUAUAAGAUAAAAAUAAAGAUGUGAACCAA